AUGCAAGUCGCAGAGAUCCUCUCAGACCUAACCUCCCUACGCGUGUGUGACCACACCGACGCCCUCACCCUGGUCACCGUCAACGAGCGACUCCCUGCGCGCACACCCUCCCAAGAAGCCCAAUCGCAAUCCCAGAAUCGUGACAGCAACCAAGACCUCCGACGCGCAAAGGAAUUAGUAGAUUUGCAUCGCGAGCUCAAAACGAGACAUGCGAAUGGGACUGUGGAUGAGGACUUGGCGAGGGCGAGGGAGAAUGUGCAGAAGGUUUUGAAGGAGGUCAGUUAUAAUGGGGAGGGGAUUGAUGAGAGGGCUUGGGAUAUGGCGUUUUAG